GGCCUCGCUCAACGCUGUCUACAAUGCAACAGAGCGGGAUCAGGCUACCCCCGGGUCUGGCUCGCGUGGCGGAUGGUGCAUCGCUAACUUUGCGGGAUUCGUUGCACAGCUGAAGCUCGGCGAAAAGUAUUUACCGCGCUCUUGUUACGUUUCAAGGCUUGCAAAAUCCUCUUCCUGAUCAAUGGGAGCAGCAGCUGAGCGACAGCAGUAGACAAAGAGCGAUGUCCAUUUACUACGAUUCUAGCCGUGUCGCAGACGUAUUUCGAGGCGAGUACGUCAGUGUAGCGGAGGAACCGGCUGAUCGAUGCAGUGCUCCAUCGACCACCUUGACUCUCGCUUAGGCUUAGCUUCUUCAGAGCAAGCGAGUCGCUCGCUGGCUUUGCGAAGUCUUCUCCCUGUUGUUGUACCCACAAAGGGCAUUACUCGCCGCUCAGUUGGGCGUAUAAAUAGUGUCGGCACUCUUCAUUGCCAGACCACCAACGCACAACAGAUCCCCUCGUAUACUACAAGACAAGAUGACGGUUUUUGUCCCGAAGAUCACAUGCCCCACUGCUGACACCGUGUGGACUGCUGGGAGCACCUGCACUGUUACCUGGGACACCUCGGACGCCCCCGAGUCCAUUAGUAACGGUUCCAAGGUCGUUCUUGCUAAAGACGGCCUGCAGGAUUACCAGCACCCACUCGCCGAGGGAUUCGAUCUCCGUGCUGGCUCUGUCCAGAUCACGAUCCCGGCUGAUACUGCUCCGGGCUCGGAUUAUGCCAUUGUCUUGUUUGGAGACUCCGGAAACUACAGCCCCAAGUUCACUAUCAAAACGUAAG